CUCUCUCUUUCCAAUUCUCACAUGCUAUGUCUUCCAUUUCUUCGCACUCUCUGAUUUCCUUUCAUUGUUUUUUGUUCUUAUACUAGCUACCGAGUUUCAGGCAUCAGUUCUUGUUCUUUUUUUAAUUAUUUGCGGAAAAAAUGAGUCGCCGUUCAAGCCACACCAUCUAUGUUGGCAAUCUCCCGGGCGAUACUCGAACGAGAGAAGUCGAAGAUUUGUUCUACAAGUAUGGACCCAUUGUUGAUAUUGAUUUGAAGAUCCCACGACGACCCCCUGGCUAUGCUUUUGUGGAGUUUGAGGAUCCUCGUGAUGCUGAUGAUGCAAUUUAUGGCCGAGAUGGGUAUGAUUAUGAUGGAUUUCGGUUACGGGUUGAACUUGCUCAUGGUAGGCGAAGGUCAUCACCAAUUGAUCACUAUAGUAGUUACAGUGGUAGCAGUAGCAGCCGCGGACAUUCCAGGCGCACAGACUAUCGCGUUUUAGUGUCUGGGUUGCCUCAUUCUGCUUCAUGGCAAGACCUUAAGGAUCAUAUGCGCAAAGCUGGUGAUGUUUGUUUCUCUGAAGUGUUCCGUGAUCAUGGUGGGAUGGCAGGAGUUGUAGAUUAUACCAACUAUGAUGAUAUGAAGUAUGCUAUCAGGAAACUUGAUAGGUCUGAGUUUCGGAAUGCCUAUUCUCAGGCUUACGUACGGGUGAGGGAGUAUGAUUCAAGUCGUAGUCCAUAUAUGUCGCGAAGCCGCAGCCGAAGCCUCAGUCGCAGCCCAAGCUAUAGUUACAGGAGUAGGAGCAAGUCCCCAAGAUCCUUUUCUUCAAGGUCUGCUGCAGGAUCAUCGUCCCGCUCUGUUUCAAGAUCACUCUCAAGAUCCAAAUCUCCACUUGAGUCUCAUCGUCGUAGUAAAGAAGUGAGUAGAAGUCAAGAGAAACCCAGUCCACACUGGGGUCGCAGCAGGAGUCCAAGUCGAUCUCCAUCUCGUUCACCUUCCGUGAGAUCUGAUGACUAGAGAUGGAUAUUAAGGAUAGUCGUGCAGUCGUUCGGUGACAGUGAUAGAAUAUUCGCCUGUCUGAACUUGGAAGAAAAUUUGUUUUUACAGUUGCAUUCGGAUUACUGUUGGAAUAAUGUGUUGUGCUGCAUUUUCUGUAGUGUCUUUGGACUGAUGUUAGUGUAAUAGACUGAAUAAUUAGUUCAUUCAGACAUAUGAUAUGAGAUUAUGCAUCUAGAUUUACAAUGGAAUGCUAA